AUGGAUAAAAGGAUUUUAACUCAGCUGCAGAGUUUACUCACGAGUAAAAAAGGCGAUAACAAAUACUUUUGUAAUCAAGGGUCACCUUAUUAUGAUCCAACAAUUUGUGAGUUGCUAUGUAAUGAUGCUAAAAAUUAUGAAAUAAUUAUCAGUGAUAGAGCAUUAGCUGAUCUUCCAAUGGAUUUAUUCAGUGGUCUUAAAUAUCUUCAUAGCUUACAUAUACAUUUGGACAAUUUGAUUAAUCUGCAGUCAGACAUUUUCUCUGGUUUAUUACACCUUCACACACUUGAUAUUAGCAAGAAUUAUAAACUGACAACUUUAUCAGAAGGUGGAUUCAAAGGUCUUCCAAGUCUACGUGAUCUAAGUUUAAAGUCAAAUGAACUAGUUUACCUUCAGCCAGGUGAUUUUGAUGAUUUAUUGGGUCUAAUGAAUCUUAAUAUCAGCUAUAACAAAGUCAGAUCUAUAUUUACAAAUAUCUUCAGUGAUUGCAAUAGUCUCGUCAAGUUAGAGAUACAAUUUAAUAAUUUGACAUGUCUUGACCCAGGUAGCUUUAAUGGUUUAUCACAACUUGAAGAGCUUAAUAUCAGCAACAACAGUCUGUACAUAUUGUUUAGAGGUAUAUUUGAUGGUCUUAAAAAACUUCGUAUAUUAAAUUUAAAAUCAAACAAACUACGUUCUCUUGGUGCAGGUUGUUUCAAUGGUUUAGACCUUGAUGUGCUUGAUAUAAGCAAUAACAAUUUAACAUCAUUACCAAAAAAUGUAUUCAAUGGUCUUAAAGGCCUUAAAUACCUAAAUUUACAAUCGAAUAAAUAUAAUCUUCAGUCAACUGAUUUGAAUGAUAUACCAAGACUCCAAAAACUUAAUAUCUCUAAGAACUAUAAUCCCACAACUUUAUUGAAAUAUACAUUCAAUGGUAUGGAAAGUCUACAUGAACUAAUAUUAAAUUCAAAUGAACUGUACAAUCUUUAUUCAGGUUGUUUCAAUAAUUUACCAAAACUUCAGAUACUUGAUAUCAGUAAAAAUAAUUUAACAACUUUACCAAAAGAUAUAUUUAGUUGUCUACCAACGCUUCGUCAUCUUAAUUUGAAAUCAAAUAGACUACAAAACCUUGACUCAGGUAUUUUCAAUGAUUUAUUAGAACUUGAGGAACUUAAUAUCAGUGAAAACGAACUGGAUUGUUUACCAAAUGAUAUAUUUAGAGGUCUACGAAAGCUCCAUCAUCUAUACAUAAAUUCGAAUAAUUUAAAAAACCUUGAAUCAGGUAUUUUUAAUGAUUUAUUAGAACUUGAGAAACUUUGUAUUUCGGGUGGUAAUGAAUUCAUGACUUUACCAAAUGAUAUAUUUAAAGGUCUAAAAAAGCUUCGUCACCUAGAUUUAAAAGGAGGUAAUCUACGAAACCUUGAAUCAGGUAUUUUCAAUGAUUUAUUAGAACUUGAAGAACUCGAUAUCAGUGCAAACGAAUAUUCUACUUUACCAGAAGAUAUAUUUAAAGGUCUACAAAAGCUCCGUCACCUAAGUUUAAAUUCGAAUAAACUACAACGCCUUGAUUCAGCACAUAUUGACAUAUUAAAAUUAUUAAAAGCCGGUUCUCGAGACAGAAGCGCAACAAAAUUUUGGUUUACAUAUAGAAUCGAACCAACUGAAGGAUCUAUAGAGCCAGGUGUUUUCUCUGGUUUAUUAGACCUUUAUAUACUUGAUAUCAGCAACAACAAACUAACAACUUCAUCAAAAGAUAUAUUCGAUGGUCUCCAAAGUAUAUGUGAUGUCAAUUUAAAGUCGAACCAACUAACUUACAUUGAGCCGGGUAUUUUUGAUAAUUCACCAGGUCUUAUGAGUCUUAAUAUUAGCAAUAACAAUCUCACAACUUUAACAAAAGAAAUAUUUGGUUAUCCUCGAGAAUUUUGGUAUCUAGAUUUGAAUUCAAAUCAACUACGUAAUCUUGAGCUAGGUUGUUUCAGUGGUUUAUCACGACUUAUGGAAAUUAAUAUCAGCCAAAACAGUCUGACAACUUUAUCAAAAAAUAUCUUCAAUGAUUGUAUUGGUCUCAUCAAGUUAGAGAUACAAUUUAAUCAUUUGAAAAAUCUUGAGCCAGGUUGUUUCAAUGGUUUAUCACAACUUGAAGAGCUUAAUAUCAGCAACAACAGUCUGACCACAUUGUCUGAAGUUAUGGAUACAAAUGAUGUUUCACCUUCAAUCAUUAAGAGUCACAAUAAGUACUUUUGUAACAGAAAGUCACCUUAUUAUGAUGCAAAUAUUUGUGAGUUGAUGUGUAAUAAGGCUAAAAAAUAUGAAAUAAAUAUUAGUAACAGAGCAUUAACUUUUCUCCCACGAGAUUUAUUCAGUGGUUUUGAGAAUCUUAAUCAACUGAGAUUAGAUUAUAACAAACUGGCUAAUCUUGAGUGUAGUUUGUUUAAUGGUUUACCAUUAAAUGGUAUACCACAUCUUGACAAACUUGAUAUCUCUAAAAAUCAUCUCACGACUUUAUUGGAAGAUACAUUUACUUGUAUGGAAAGUCUACAUGAAUUGAAAUUGAAUUCGAAUAUACUGAAUAAUCUUAAGUCAGGUUGUUUCAAUAAUUUAUCAAAUCUUCAGAUACUUGAUAUCAGUAGAAAUAAUUUGACAACUUUAUCAAAAGAUAUAUUCAGGGGUCUACAAACACUUCGUCAUCUAGAUUUAAAUUCAAAUAGACUACGAAACCUUGAACCAGGUGUUUUCAAUGAUUUGUUAGAGCUUGAAGAACUUUAUAUGAACGAAAAUGAAUUAAUCACUUUACCAAACGAUAUAUUCGGAGGCUUACAAAAGCUUCGUAUCCUAGAUUUAAAUUCGAGUGGACUACAAAAACUUGAAUCAGGUACUUUCAAUAAUUUAUUAGAACUUGAAGAACUUUAUAUGAACGGAAACGAAUUGAUUACUUUACCAAAAGAUAUUUUUGAAGGUCUAGAAAAUCUCCAUCAUCUAAAUUUAAAUUCAAAUAAACUACAAAACCUUGAAUCAGGUAUUUUCAAUGAUUUAUCAGAACUGGAAGAACUUUAUAUCAGUAAAAACGAUUUGAUCUUUUUACCAAAUGAUAUAUUUAAAAGUCUUAAAAAUCUUUCAUGUCUACUAUUGAAUUCCAAUCAACUCAUAGAUCUUGAAACAGAUAUUUUUCAUGGUUUAUCAAAACUUGAAGAGCUUGAUAUCAGUAUAAAUGAAUUGACAACUUUACCAAAAGAUAUAUUUAAAGAUCUAGUAAAUCUCCGUCAUUUAAAUUUAAUUUCAAAUAGACUACCAUAUCUUGAAUCAGGUAUUUUCAAUGAUUUAUUAAAACUUGAGGAACUUUAUAUUAGUGAAAACAAACUGAUCUUUUUACAAAAUGAUAUAUUUAAAAAUCUUACGAAUCUUUUAUGUCUAUUCUUGGAUUCCAAUCAACUACUAGAUCUUGAAACAGAUAUUUUUUAUGGUUUAACAAAACUUGAAGAACUUGAUAUUAGUGGAAAUCAAUUGACAACUUUACCAAAAUAUAUAUUUAAAGAUCUAGAAAAUCUACGUCACUUAGUUUUAAAUGCAAAUAGACUACAAAACCUUGAGUCAGAUACUUUCAAUGAUUUAUUAAAACUUGAGGAACUUUAUAUUAGUGAAAACGAACUGAUUUCUUUACCAAAUGAUAUAUUUGGAACCCUUCAAAAUCUUUUAUGUCUCUUCUUGGAUUCCAAUCAUCUGAUGGAUCUUGAGUCAGAUAUUUUUUGUGGUUUAUCAAAACUUGAAAAACUUGACAUCAGUGUAAAUGAAUUGACAACUUUACGAAAAGAUAUAUUUAAAGGUCUACAAACACUUCGUCAUCUAGAUUUAAAUUUAAAUGGACUACAAAAACUUGAAUCAGGUACUUUUAAUAAUUUAUUAAAACUUGAGGAACUCCAUAUCAGCGGAAACAAAUUGACUCUUUUACCAAUCGAUAUAUUUAGAGGUCUACAGAAGCUACGUUUCAUAGAUUUAAAAUUGAAUGAUCUACAACGGGUUGAAUUAGAUCUUUUCAAAGAUUUAUCAGAACUCAAAGAAGCUUAUAUUAGCUGUGCAAACGAUACAAUCAAUGUAGCAAACAAUUUUUUUGGAAAACUCUCAAUACCGUUUAAGCUUAAUAAAAAAAAUUAA